UGAUUUGUGAGAGGAGCGGAGCUGUGUGUGUGUGUGUGCCAUCUCUAUCACUAGUGGGAGCUGCAGAGGGACAGGCGGGCGAGGAGGAGCAGGCAGUACUACCUGCAGCAGAGGUGACGGAGGACGCGGAGGGAGGUAGACAGAAUCCAUCCAUACAUUGUAAUUAAAGCACCAAGCGAAAGGGUUAGUGAACUUGACACAGUCAGAGACCGAAGAGACACAAGUGGAGCAUCAACGUCCACCUGUCAGCCGUCCUUCCUCCAUUCACAGCCCUCUGGAAGCGAUGAAAAGUGGACAGUGAGGUCUACGACUGGUGUGAGGACCUGACAGGGCUGGAGACUUGGGACUAACGCAGGAAAAAAAUAAAGAAGAGCAUCCAUAGCCUGGACUUUUAUUUCAUACAAGAGGAGGAAGGCAUCUUCCCUGCUGCAGAAGUUCUCCUUCAGGAAUGGGCUGGUUUGAAGACCCAAGCUGGCAGCUGCAUGUUUCCUUGAUAAUGCUCCUGUCUCUGCAGACCAGAGCAAAUCUUCUCGAUAAUAUGCUUCUGAGGAGCUCGGCAAAGCUUAAUGUGGACAGCAGGAAGGAGGACACGGAGAGCACAGCACCUGCCCCACCACAGAAGAUGCUGUCAUGUUACUGUCAUCACCAUUGCCCAGAGGACUCAUUCAACAAUACGUGCUGGACGGAUGGUUACUGUUUCACCAUUAUAGAAGAAGAUGAAUCUGGACUUCCUGUGAUCACCUCUGGCUGUUUAGGACUAGAAGGUUCAGACUUUCAAUGCAGAGAUACACCUAUUCCACAUCAAAGGAGGUCUAUUGAAUGUUGUACAGAUGAGGACUUUUGUAAUAGAGAUCUUCAUCCCACUCUGCCCCCAAUUAAAAAUAAAGACUUUGUUGAUGGCAGUAUCCAUUACAUGGCUCUUCUGAUCUCAGUGACUGUUUGCAGCAUCAUCCUGGCUGUCAUCUUAAUAUUCUGCUACUUCAGGUAUAAAAGACAAGAGGCCAGACCUCGUUACAGUAUUGGCUUGGAACAAGAUGAGACGUAUAUCCCGGUUGGAGAGUCACUCAAAGAUCUCAUUGAACAGUCUCAGAGCUCUGGGAGUGGAUCAGGGCUCCCCCUACUGGUACAAAGGACUAUUGCAAAGCAGAUUCAAAUGGUGAAGCAGAUUGGCAAAGGGAGGUACGGGGAAGUGUGGAUGGGCAAAUGGCGUGGAGAGAAAGUGGCCGUCAAAGUGUUCUUUACUACCGAAGAGGCCAGCUGGUUCAGGGAGACUGAAAUCUAUCAGACAGUGCUCAUGAGGCAUGAAAAUAUUUUAGGAUUCAUUGCUGCUGACAUUAAAGGAACAGGAUCCUGGACACAAUUGUACCUGAUUACAGAUUACCAUGAAAAUGGCUCUCUCUACGAUUACCUGAAGUCCACCACCCUCGAUACAAAGGCCAUGCUGAAACUGGCUUACUCAUCGGUCAGUGGGCUCUGCCACUUGCACACUGAAAUAUUUGGGACAAAGGGGAAGCCAGCCAUAGCUCACCGGGACCUUAAAAGCAAGAACAUAUUGGUGAAGAAAAAUGGAACGUGCUGUAUAGCAGACCUGGGAUUGGCAGUAAAAUUCAUUAGUGAUACCAAUGAAGUGGACAUACCCCCAAAUACUAGAGUUGGCACUAAGCGCUAUAUGCCUCCUGAGGUUCUUGAUGAAAGCCUAAAUAGGAACCAUUUCCAGUCGUAUAUAAUGGCAGACAUGUACAGCUUUGGACUCAUCCUUUGGGAAGUUGCAAGAAGAUGCAUAUCUGGAGGUAUAUUAGAGGAAUACCAGCUGCCCUAUCAUGAUGUUGUACCAACCGACCCGUCUUAUGAAGACAUGAGGGAAAUUGUCUGUAUCCGGAGGUUGCGACCCUCAUUUCCGAACAGAUGGAGCAGUGAUGAGUGUCUGAGACAGAUGGGGAAACUGAUGACAGAAUGUUGGGCCCACAACCCAGCUUCCCGCCUCACAGCUCUACGAGUGAAGAAGACACUAGCCAAAAUGUCAGAGUCUCAAGACAUCAAGCUUUGAUUUGAUACUUGACUACUUCGGUUAGAGUAUAUGAGGAAAGUGGACUUAUUUUUUGUGACUGAAGACCCUUAAGAGAAAAUGAGUUUGUGCACAUUGAACAUCUGUGUUUACCUUGAACACCACAAAUGUCGAGACUGGUGGGGACUCGCCAGUGAUGAUAUGGACAAUCUGUAGACCUCCAUGACUCAGGAUGGUGUACACAGGAAACAUGGCUUCAAUGACUAGAUGAAACAAUUAGCAUGUUGCUUUCCGUGAAAGCAAAUACGUUUUUAAUGUUUGAAACAAAAGACAGAUUUCUUUAAUCUUCUGAUAAUAAAAAACAAUGUAAACUGAAGUUGAUAUAUGUCUAAAAUCAUGAUAUAACGGCAAAGAAUAU